ACUGCUCCUCCCCUCAUGUUUAAAUAAUAAGGCCGUGACGCAGCAGCCGGGCGAGGCGCAGGACAGGCCCGGUGUGUGCGCAGCGGGCAUCCGCCGGUGGGCAGCUGGGCCAGCCGCCCCGGCAGGUAAGUGGACCCCAGGAGGCCCAGUGGGGAGCCGCGGCUUGCUCGCCCCCAGCCUGCCUGCCACGGAUCGGGUUGGGCCAGGCGGAGGCCACCUGCCCGCCACCGCCCGGGGCCGGAUGCACAAUGGCCCGGCCGUCUGGGCAGAGGUGCGCCUAGGUAAUUUUGGAGCCUGGAGCGAAAGGCUUUUGGAUGCGCGCGCGCGCGCACACACCGCUGCAAGUGAAGCCUCGUUUUUUUAGCAGACGAGACUCUUCUGUUCUCCCGCUGAAGGGCAGGGUGCCCACCUCCGCCCCCAAGAUGGUCAGCCGCCUGCCUCGCGUGGCGGACCUGACCCGCUUCUGCCAGAAGCUCAGCCGCGUGAAGACGCUGGAGGAGGACAUGAUGGAGACCUCCCUCAACCGCUGCCUGACCACAGUGGACCUGACGCUGCUUGGCAUCGGGGGGAUGGUAGGAUCUGGCCUCUACGUCCUCACCGGCACCAUCGCCAAAGACACCGCAGGGCCGGCCAUCGUGGUCUCCUUCAUCAUCGCCGGCAUCGCCUCGUUGCUAGCCGCUCUCUGCUAUGCCGAGUUUGGCGCCCACGUGCCCAAGACGGGCUCGGCCUACAUGUUCACCUACGUCUCGAUGGGCGAGAUUUGGGCUUUCCUGAUUGGCUGGAAUGUCAUCCUGGAGUACAUGAUUGGUGGGGCGGCCGUGGCCAGGGCAUGGAGCGGCUACCUGGAUGCCAUCUUUGACCACCGCAUCAAGAACUUCACGGAGACCCACGUGGGCACCUGGCAGGUCCCGUUCCUGGCCCACUACCCGGACUUCUUGGCGGCCGGCAUCCUGCUCGUGGCGACGGCCUUCAUCUCCUUUGGUGCCCGCGUCUCCUCGUGGCUCAACCACGUCUUCUCUGCCAUCAGCAUGGGCGUCAUCCUCUUCAUCCUCGUGAUGGGGUUCAUUCUGGCCAGGCCCCAAAACUGGGGGGCUGAGGAAGGGGGGUUUGCCCCGUUCGGCAUCUCGGGGAUCAUGGCGGGCUCGGCCACGUGCUUCUAUGCCUUUGUGGGCUUCGACGUGAUCGCCACGUCCAGCGAGGAGGCCAGGAACCCCCAGAGGGCCAUUCCCAGAGCCAUCGCCAUCUCCCUCAGCUUGGCCACGGGGGCCUACAUCCUGGUCUCCAUGGUGCUGACGCUGAUGGUGCCGUGGCAUUCCUUAAACCCCGACUCUGCCCUAGCGGACGCCUUUUACCGGAGGGGCUACUCCUGGGCUGGUUUCAUCGUGGCCGCAGGCUCCAUUUGUGCGAUGAACACCGUUCUCCUCAGCAACCUCUUCUCUCUGCCCCGGAUCGUCUACGCCAUGGCAGAGGACGGGCUCUUCUUCCGGGUCUUCUCACGGGUCCACCCCCGCACGCAGGUCCCCGUGGUGGCCAUCAUCGUCUUUGGCAUCCUCAUGGCGGUCCUGGCCUUCAUCUUCGACUUGGAGGCGCUGGUCCAGUUCCUCUCCAUCGGCACCCUCUUGGCCUACACUUUUGUGGCGGCGAGCGUGAUCAUCCUGCGCUUCCAGCGGGCAAAGGUGGAGGCCCCCAACCCCCCCGAGGGGACUGAGCACCCCCCGACAUCCGCCGAGAGCAUCGGAGCCGGCGAGCCGAAGGAGUACGAAUCUUUCUCCGACAAGCUGCACUUGGUGGGGAAGGAGAAGGCCAAAAGCCAGCGAGGACCAGGCCAACUCAAGGCGGCUUUUGAGCCCUACCUGGACUUCCUCAGUGAUUUCUACCCUGGUGAAGUGGUCACAGUGGCCGUCAUCAUCCUUAUGGUGUCGGCCCUCUGCUUGUCCUCCAUCCUGGUGUUUGGGACGGGCCAGCUUCACCUGCCCACCUGGACUUACGUCUUGCUGGUAGUGCUCUUCAGCUUGGCUUUGGUGGUCAGUCUGAUCUUGAUCAGCAUUCAUGAGCAACAGCAGAGCACCCAGACAUUUCAGUUACCACUGGUGCCGUUGACUCCUGCGCUGAGCAUUUUCAUCAACAUCUAUCUGAUGCUGAAGCUCAACUACAUGACCUGGCUACGCUUCUCGGUCUGGCUGGUCGCAGGCUUGUUGGUCUACUUUGGCUACGGCAUCUGGCACAGCAAGGAGAACCUGCGGGAAUCUCAGGCCCAUGCCGUCAGCGCCCGCUACGUGGUCUUCCCAAGCAGCAGUCUAGAAGAGACGGUGCAGACCGUGCAGCCCACCACCCAGCCCUCUCAGGGUUUGGAGGAAACAGUGGAAGAAGAAGCGAAGAGAUGAUGCAGGGAGGCCAACACAGAGGAGACCCUUCCCUCCCCGCUCCCCCACCCACUCCGCCGCUCUCCAGUAUUUGCCAGAGGGAGCAGCCGGGGAGGGACGCCCUCACCCCAGCCCGCCAGGAACCCUGUGGGCGUGGCAAGCUACUGCCAAUGGAACAGAGGCUCCCUGCUUCUGUUUUCUUGCCCAGACCCCAGUUUCCGUUGCUGGAAGGCUGCACACAUCUUGUCGCUGAGCACAAUGACCUGGCAGUUGGGGCUCAAUCUGUAGAGUGUCUCCCUCCCAUUCGGUGGCCAACCCGCCCACAAGAACCCAUUGCAUCGCCCCCUUACCAAACUCUUCCUGUUCUCUUUCUCCCAGAUCUUGCCCUUCUAGAGCCAUUCUUCUGCCUGUUGUUUCCUGGACAUCACGAAAAAUGGAGAAAAGUGGUCUCUUUGGGUUAUGCUAGGGUGGUGGGUGCAGCAGCCCCAGGAAGACCCAUUUCACCAUUUUGGGCCCGGGGCGGGGGGCAGGGGCACAAAGAAAGUUUGGAUUCUGGGCUCCAAGUGACACUGAGACAAGGACCUGUCCUGAUUGAGUUGACGUCUCCCUCUGUCUUCCGCAAACACAGGGAGUCUGGCUAGUGGGAAUGGCAACUCUAGACAGUACAAGCUGCUGGGUGUUUCCACUCUCUGGGCCCCUCUCUCGCUAACGCUUGUCUGCCGUUCACGUGCAAGAACAUUUGAUUGGGUGCCCCAGGCAGGUUUCCUAUGCCAUUAUUACACAGCACAAUAAGAGCCAAUAUUCUCUAGGUGCUGCAGGCAGAGGUGCAUCUAGGUAAUUUUGGAGCCUGGACCUAAAAGCUUUUGGAGGCCCCCCUCCCCUGCAAAUUAAGCAUCAUCAUGCUUAAUUAAGCAUCAUCAGCCGGGUGACACCACCUGGGUCUACAAGAGGAUUGGGGGCCCCCAGGGGCUGUGGGGGCCCCUGGACUUUGGCCCGGAAAUCCAGGGGAUCAGAGCACCUCUGGCUACAGGAGACCCAGAGCAGAGGCUGUCCCAACCCACGGCUUACAGAGGCUGCCGAGACAUGAGACAAAGCCCACUGGCGGGCAUGUUCUGGGUUCUAUUAAGAUUGGACCAGCCCCCCCCCCAUAUGGAGCUAGGUUUAGUGUGGGUUGCCACUGUGAUUGUGUGAACCCGUGCCAAGGUGAACCCCUACUAACUGGGCAAAGAGGCACUUUUUAAACAUGGCAAUUCUCUUUACUUAGCAGCGGGAGAGUAACUGGCCCUACCCACCCCCAGAACAGCAUCCCUCCAGUGACUGUUGCUGGCGUCUAUCUUAUGUUCCUUUUUAGAUUGUGAGCCCUUUGGGGACAGGGAGCCAACUUAUUUAUUUAUUUAUUAUUUAUCUGUAUAGACCACUUUGGAAACUUUUGUUGAAAAGCAGUGUAUAAGUAUUUUGUUGUUGUUGUUGUUGUGAGAUAUGCCGAUUCAUCUUAGGCCAUAAGCCACCAUGGCAUGGGUUCACACAAUCACGCUCAUGUUGGUCACCCACAUUAACCCUAGAUUUGAACUCUUGUGUGAAUCAGGCCAGUAUAAAGGCAGCUCCAUCUGCUCCUACGUCCGUUGCAGGAGCUCAGCUUCACCCAUCCCUGCACCGUCCUGCAGCUGUGUAACCUGUUUGCAGGUGCGCAACACUCUUGCGCAAGCAGAGUGAUACUCUGAACAACAACCACUGAGAUUAGACUCCUGCAUCGGAUCCCCACAUGAAAUGGGACAUAUCGGUUUUUGGUUUUAAGAGGAGCAUACACACUGCCACCCACCUGCUCCUGUGCCACAGAAGGCUUAAAACCCUGAAGAAGCUACCAAGUCCAGCUCUUCAGUAGCCCUGCUUGGCAAUGCCAAAUGGCCCCUUUGCUCUUACUGUAUGUGCCUUUAGCUGCCCUCUGUGCCCAGAGGAACCUUGCCAAAUGCACAGCGGCUUGCCAUGCAUCAGAGCACAAACAGCUUCCCCGUGCAGCUCUUUCAGGCACGGUUUGUCAGCGUGGGGGCCACAGGGAAGGGGGCUGCACCAAUUAACUUGUGUGAGUGACACACACGCACAGAUGUACCCCAGAAACUGAACUAUCCCAGGCAGGCAGCUACCUGUCCCCUCCCCUAUAAGUUGGAGCCAGUCUUUUCCAAUUAAAAUAGUGGGAUCAGGCUGCCCCACGCUGUAGCUGACCCCGUCCCUGACCCCAUUGCCUGGAGAGGUCUGCCUCUACCAAAGAGAAGGAAAAUGACCAAGGGUGCAUAUCAUGAUGUGCCAUGAUUGUAGUGGCAGAUUCGUGUCUCAGGAAGCUCCCACCACCGAGAUACACAAAUCCGCCACCACAAUCAUGGCACGCUUCCCGAGAUACGCGAAUGAGAUACGCUCGAGAGAUACGAUACGUGCGAGAUACGCUCGAGAGAUACGAUACGUGCGAGAUACGCUCGAGAGAUACACGAAUCCGCUGCUACAAUUGUGGCACGUCACAAUGAGCACCCUUGGUCAUUCUCCUUCUCUUUAGCACCUGUGGCACGUCACGGCUGCAUUUUUGGGGACAGGAACACAAAGGCCUCUUGCUUUCCACGGCUCUCAUUAUAUAGAUGUCUCAUCACAACUGCCGCCGCUUUGCAACUCCGCUUUAAGGAUGGGGGGCAGCUGGGGUGGAUUGUCUGUACAUACUUGUGCCGUCGUCGGUGAGUUCCAGGAGUGCCGUGCGCCCAGCGCCCAGCUGUUUUGCCCCGCGUCCCGCCUGGCGCUUGCCCCCUCCUGCCUCACCACUUGUAGCCGGCCGCGCCCGUCGGCCUCCUUACUAACAGUGUACUUCCACUCUGUGCAACGGCUUGUGGCAAAGGAGCUGCUCUAGUGAUAAAGAUUUGUCUUUCCUUG